UCCCCCCUCUUCUGAUUGGUCAGUGCAGGCCAGCUGGCUGUGACGCUGCGUGCAGCAGCAGCAGCAGCAGCAGGUGUGAAGGCUCGGUUGUUAUUUCUUUAUUUUGAUGUGAUCGCAGCAGCUCGCAGUCUGAUGCCACUAGUGAAGCGGGUCCUGGCUCAGGUCUGGGUGUGAACUGUCCAUCCACCAUCACCACCAUCACCACCUCUGUCGAGAUGUCGUCGGCCGAACACGACGGAACCUUCAGUCUGCUCAACAAGUUUGAGAAACUGUCGUGGAGGCCCUGCGUCCGCGACUCAGGCACCAAGAAGCGAGCACGGUGGCUGCAGACUCGGCGCAUCUUCUCCCCAUCAUGCCCCAACCUGAGGAUCCCCAACAGGUUCCUGAGAGAAGGACACUGUGUACCCCCCGCCCGGAGCGGACACCGCUGUGUCGCAGAUAGUGCCAACCUGUACGUUUUUGGAGGUUACAACCCAGACUUUGAGGAGGCGGGAGGGUCAGAAAAUGAAGAUUACCCUCUUUUUAGGGAGCUUUGGCGAUUUCAUUUUGCCACAGCCACCUGGCAGCAGGUCCGCACAGAGGGUUACAUGCCCACAGAGCUGGCCUCUAUGUCAACUGUUUUACAUGGCAACAACCUGCUUGUGUUUGGCGGCACUGGGAUACCAUUUGGUGAAAACAAUGGCAAUGACGUCCACGUCUGUAAUGUUCAGUAUAAACGAUGGAACCUGCUCAACUGCAGGGGGAAGAAACCCAACAAGAUCUACGGACAGGCGAUGAUCAUCAUAAACGGCUACCUCUAUGUGUUUGGAGGGACAACAGGAUACCUUUAUAGUACUGACCUGCACAGGCUGGACCUGACGACCAGAGAGUGGACCCAUCUCAAACCCAACAACGCUCCCUCAGAUCUGCCUGAGGAGAGGUACAGACAUGAACUAGCUCAUGAUGGACAGAGAAUAUACAUUUUAGGAGGUGGGACUUCAUGGACUUCAUAUUCCCUGGACAAGAUUCACGCCUAUAACUUGGAGACAAAUUACUGGGAGGAAAUAGUCACCAAACCUCAUGGAAAAAUAGGUUAUCCUGCUGCCCGUCGGUGUCACAGCUGUGUGCAGGUCAAAGAUGAGGUGUUUAUAUGUGGGGGUUAUAACGGAGAGCUGAUCCUGUCCGACCUGUGGAAGAUCAACCUGCAGACUUUUCAGUGGAUCAAGCUGCCCGCCGUCAUGCCAGAACCAGCCUACUUUCACUGUGCUGCGGUCACCCCGGCCGGCUGCAUGUACGUCCAUGGCGGUGUCGUCAACAUGUCUGGGAACAGAAGGACUGGCUCUCUGUACAAAGUGUGGUUGGUGGUGCCCAGCCUGCUAGAACUGACCUGGGAGAAACUGCUGAAAACUUUCCCCCACGUAGCCCAGCUGUCCACCCUCCAGCUGCUGAGCCUGGGACUCACACACACACUAAUUCAGCGCCUAAAAUAGACAGAUAGAUACAGCAGGGACUGUGGGAAGCGGUAUGUGACGCAACAGCACUGACUCUUUAAAAUUGCUGAUAACUUGGCAAAAAAAAAAAAAAAAAAGGACUGCAAAAAUCUGGUGUUUGAACGCCUUCAAUCUUAUGUAAAUAUGUGUGCUUUUUUUUUUUUUAAUAUGCAUAGUGGAGCGUUUUGAGUUUCCUUGUAAAUACGUGUCACAUUUCAGUUUGCACGCCUCCGCCAGAAUCACUGUAGUAUGCACAUUUUCACUUCAAGGUACUUGCUGUCAUUUUAGAUCCUCUUUGUAGUGCACUCUUUGGUUUUAUUUCAUUCUCUACCAUGCAUCAUGAUCCGAAACAUGUGCAGCAUGAACGGAAAUCGCUCCAAAGAUCACAUGAAACAUGAAUGUUGCUUCUGCUCGUGUAGUUUUCCAUUCAAAGGCUGAGACAUGUUCAGUCAGCUGCUGCGAUGCCCACUGUGACAUAGGUUCGAUAAGAAAUAACAAACAGUGCUGAUGUAAACUUACAUUUCCAUUCAGUUAGGUAGAAAUCUGAUAAAGCAUGGACACGUUAUAACUGUGAUACCUCUUAACUGUCUUAAUUAGAUCAAUAAGGAUGUCUUAACCUCAAGGACUUCUCUGAUUGCAUGCUGUCACUGAGCCGUGAUUAUAACUCUACCGUUCAAACGUUCCCCUCACAUGAGGCCUUGUGAUCAGAUCUUUCUGUAACAUGGCAUCACUGUGCAUCUUCUUCGUGCCUCUUUGAUUCUUCAUCCUUUUUUUUGGAAACAUGAAGUGAUUUUACACACCUGUAGCUCCAAAGUGAUUCUCACGCCUUUUUUUUUUUUUUUUUUACAUUUAUUUAUUCAUUUGGUGCCUUCUGAAUUUCCAAAAUGUCAUGCACACAUUGUGUUUAUAUUUGUGUACAUGAAUCUUUAAGGUUUUUAUUUGUUCAGUACUCUCAACUGUGUAGCCUUUUCUUUCCCCUGCCAUGGUGCUUUCCACAUUUUGUUGCUGAACCACAUGAUUUAAUCAGGAGACACCGCUAAAGAUUUUUUCCUUUUUUAAAUCCACAUAGAUUUUUUUUUUUUUUUUUUUAUUUAUUUUUUACCUAUUUAUUUCAAUCACUGUGCUGCUGUUUUAUUUCAUUACGAAGCUUUGAAUUGUAGCAGAACAUGCCGCAUUUCUUUUUCAUCCCAAUUUCAGCCUUUCUGUAACCUUUUCUGUACUGUAAGUAACGUAUUUUGAACUUUUUAAUUUUAAGUCGUGCUGCGGUGCUUUUUGAAAAACAAGUGUCAUGGGAUUUUUGUAACUUGUAACAAGGUAGAGCAUGUAAAGGCGUACUCAGGAUGUUAAAUACUGUGAUUAGACUCGGUCUGUAGAGCUCCGAAAACAUUCAUCAAAAUGUUGACAGACCUAGUAAUUUUUGUGAAACCAAAUUUCGGUACGCCAACAUGAUUUAUGAAGACAAAUCUUAUGCGGUUACUGCAGACUGUAAAAGUCAAAUAUUGCAGUGAUACUCCCAGCAUGUAUGGAGACACGUUUGCCUAUUUAUUUUUUUUAAAUUUUCACCUAUUUUUUUCACUGUAUAAGAAUACUAAGCUAAUUCUUAAAAACUGAAUCUUAACGCCAGUUUUCACGUUCAAACUCAGUUACUUUUUAUCCUGUUUGACAUGUUACAGCCUUAUUUAUAUCUUAUUGUGAAGGGGCAGUCUGCCUUACAUGCUUGGACUUGAUAAAUG